GGGCGCGGAAGCGGAAGUACUGGGACCCGGAAGUGCAGGCUCACAUGCCGCGGCUCUGUAAGAGGCCUUAGAAUCAGGAUGGCUUUGGAAGUGAAGACAAAACGGAAGAAGAAGACAAAUGCCGGGCAGGGAGAGAACCCCGACGACAGCUUUUGCGGGAACCUGACUGGAGAGUAUCUCGUUGGACAAGUCGCCGAUAGCUUAUUCCACAGUAAGCGCCUCACCAGAGGCACCACAGAUCGGCUGGCGUCCCUCUUCAGCCUUUUUGAGACUCCGGUUCAACCCGUGUACGUGUCUGUGCCUAAAGAAACCACCAAAAAAAGGAAACAGGAUGAGGAGGAAGAAAUUACAUCCCAAAUUCAAAGACCACAUUUGCAAGAACCUGCAAAAAAAGUGAAAGUGAAGAAGAAACUUUCUGAUGCAGACAAAAAGUUGGCAAACAGGGAAAGCGCUCUAGCAUGUGCUGAUUUAGAAGAAGAAGAAAUUCACCAGGAACACGGGCAGAAAAGGAAACGCUCCCAGUCUGGUGGUGGUGUUAAAGCAGCAGAUAAAAAAGUGCUUGAUGAUGUAGAUCACCCAGUUGUAAAUCAAAGAAAGAAAAUUCAAGUCAACCAAGAAGAGGAGAGAUUAAAGAACGAGAGAACUGUGUUUGUUGGUAAUUUGCCAGUCACAUGUAAUAAGAAGAAGCUGAAGUCUUUUUUUAAAGAGUACGGACAAAUAGAAUCUGUACGAUUUCGUUCUCUGAUUCCAGCAGAAGGGACUUUAUCUAAAAAGUUGGCAGCAAUAAAACGUAAAAUUCAUCCUGAUCAGAAAAAUAUUAAUGCCUAUGUCGUGUUUAAGGAUGAGAGUGCUGCUACAAAAGCUUUGAAAAGAAAUGGGACCCAAAUUGCAGAUGGAUUUCGUAUUAGAGUUGAUCUUGCAUCUGAGACCUCAUCUAGGGACAAAAGAUCAGUAUUUGUGGGGAAUCUCCCUUACAAAAUUGAAGAAUCUAUGGUUGAGAAGCACUUUUUGGACUGUGGAAGUGUUGUGGCCGUGAGAAUUGUGAGAGACCAAGUGACUGGAGUCGGCAAAGGGUUUGGCUAUGUGCUGUUUGAGAAUACAGAUGCUGUUCAUCUUGCUCUGAAAUUAAAUAAUUCGGAACUAAUGGGAAGAAAACUCAGAGUCAUGCGUUCUGUUAACAAAGAAAAAUUAAAACAACAAAAUUCAAAUCCAGGUUUGAAGAAUGCGAGUAAACCUAAGCAGGGACUUAAUUUUGCUUCAAAACAUGCAGAAGCAAAGUCUAAAAGUUUAUUUAUUGGAGAAAAAGCAGUUCUCACUAAAAAGAAAAAGAAAGGACAGAAGAAAAGUGGACGACCUAAGAAACAGAAAAAACAGAAGUAGCUAAAGGCUUUUUGUUUUGUUUUGUUUUUUAUACACUGAGGACUGGUAAUAAAAGUGUGGUGACCCA